GGGAAAAGUGGGAUCUCAUCACUGCAAAUUGUUGCCAUUGAUGUUCCAAUUAUUGUCGCCGUGUUGCUGUUCAUCAUAGGCUUCUGUUUCCUCGUUAGGAAAGCAAAGAAGAAGAACUACGACACUGUCAUGGAAGAAACUGGGUACCCUUCCUUGUGGCGAAGAGGUGGCAGUGAAGAGACUCUCAAGAAGCUCGGGGCAAGGUGCAGAAGAAUUUAA